AUGGUGUUGAAUGCCUUAGAUUACUUAUUGAGAGUGGUGUUGAUGUGAAUGUGCAGAAUAAUAAUGGUGAUAGCGCUCUUAUUGUUGCUGCUGCUGCUGCUUCUUGGUAUGAUUAUGGUGUUGAAUGUCUGAAAUUACUUAUUGAAAGUGGUGUUGAUGUGAAUGUGCAGAAUAAUAAUGGUGAUAGCGCUUUUAUUGUUGUUGCUGCUGCUGCUGCUGCUGCUGCUUCUUUGGACAGUGAUGGUGUUGAAUGUCUGAAAUUACUUAUUGAGAGUGGUGUUGAUGUGAAUGUGCAGAAUAAUAAAGGUGAUAACGCUUUAAUUGCUGCUGCUGCUGCUGCUGCUGCUAGUGUCUGGACACCCUUUUAUUUGGAAUGCCUGGUAGUGCUUAUUAAGAAUGGUGUCGAGGUCAAUAUAUCAAAUUAUAUUGAUGAGACAGCGUUAUCCAUUGCAGUUGCGAAUUACAAUCCUAAAAUGAUAGAAAUAUUACUCGAUCACAAUGCGGAUGUAAAUAUAAACAAGCAGGCAACAUGGGAUUUAGUGUUUCAGGAAUGCAAGGAACAUUUAUUGGAAUCAGAAACCCCUUUAAUGGCAUUUCUUAAACAUGCCAAAUACAGUGAUAUAGUGAAAAAAUACAUUGAGUUAGAUAGAGAACUCUCUUCUCCCGACGAACAUGGUAAAACGGCUCUAAUGUAUGCUUGUUGGUUUGAUCAAUGCUUUGCUGUUAAAAUGCUAGUGGAAGCAGGUGUAAAUGUUAAUGUCCACGAUGAAGAUAGAACCACAGCCCUAAUGUUUGCAUGUAUGAAUGGUUGCGUUACAUGUUGCUCAAUAUUACUGCAUGCAGGAGCUCACAUCAAUGCAAGAGAGAAACAUGGUAAAACAGCACUCUUUCUGACUAAAAUAAAACCAGGGUUAUCGACAUUGGAUAUCUACGAAGAGUUGUUGAUUCAUGGUGCUCAUUUUGGACUUGAAAACAUAAGUCCAGUGUUAAAAGAAAAGUUCAUGGAAAGCAUCGAAACGUUUCCCUGUACAAUACUGAGUAUUAUCCAUGACAUGCUCUUGAGAUUUGAAUAUGUUGGGUGUAGCCAAGACAUCAUGUUUAGAGUCAAACGUUCUCAGCCUGAAACAAGUUCAUUGUAUACAGGUUGUAUUAGAACAAGUUCCGAAGUUCAAGCAACAUGGUUGCGUAAAUACUCAGCACUAGCAGCUAGAUCAUGCGUCAAAUAUAUCGGAGACAUCGACAAGUUUCCAACAGCAAGAAAAUUAAAAGUUUACAUCAGCUGUAUGGGGUGUAAAUAUCUGUUUAAACGAGCGGAAGCGUUAUUUCCAUCUUCUGAUGACAAAUCUGUCAGGGACAAUGUUGACGACAUGUAUAGUGAUGAUACAUUGAGUGCUCAGGGUGAUAUGGAUUACAAUGAUGACAUGCAUAGUAAUGAUGAGUGGUCUGAGUCAGGCGGUAAUGAAAAUGACACAGGUGACAGUACGUAUCAAGAUGGAGACACGUCCCAGGGUAUGGAACAUAUGAGCUUUCAUGACAAUGAUUCUAAUAGUGAUGAAAACGAUACAGACGAAGACAUGAACUUGCCACAAUAUGUAGUUGUCCCUGGUGCGAGUGACUGUAGUGAAUUUGAUGAUAUGGAAAGUGUAGAGGAUGGAUGGCAUUUGGAAGAUGACUAAUUUAAACGAAGUUAUGUCGCAUGUGAUAUAUCUCGCAUGUUUUGUAUGUUUGUUAUGGAAAUAUAUGAAAUGCCAUGGAGAUAUGAGUAUGAUUAAGUCUGUCAUUCAGAAGCAACGAGCUAUUAGUGUGUGUAAAAAAUAAUUUGCAGCCAUAAGUAAAAAGGUUUAUGUUCGUUGAAUCUGUAUAUGGUUGAUAUAAUACACAAUGCAAUUUUAAAGACUAUAAGUUCAACUGGUAUUGCCAUUUGGUUAAAGGUUAGUUGAACCUUUGCAAGGCUUUUCCGGGGUGCAAUUAUGUAGAUGUACUCCCAUUUUUAAGAACAUGUCAAUAAGUAUUUUAUUAUAUAUUUUGACUUUUCUAUAUACAUGUUUUAUCAUAUUUCGAAAUAAUUUUACAAAACAUUGUUUUUAAAUAAAACGAAAAUGAUAAUAUACGAG